AUGGCCGGCCUCCAGUACAACUUCUUCCCCACCGAUUUCUUCUACCCUCGCCCGAAAUCCGUCGCCGGAGCCACUGAUGCCGGCCAGACGUCCUCCCUCCCUAUUGUAAAUCGACCCGACGGAGCAUCCGCCGCCGCAGCCGAUCGCCCCACCAGCCUCGUCGUUCACAACAACGGCAACAAGCCCGCCACCGCCGUAGAGUACAAGAGGAAGAAGAAGUACAAUCACCUGGAUGGCUAG